UUCAGCCGCCUUCCCGGUGAGCUUCGCAAUAUGAUCUGGGAGUUGGCCCUCCUGGAUCUCGUUGACGAGAAACCUCAACUCUGCUUCUAUCGCGCCGGAUGCUGGGUCACGGAGCUCUCCCCUGAAGGCCAUUUUAGCCUCACAUUCGAUCAUAAGCGUCUACACCCGAUUGCCGUGUCGGUCCCGCUGUUCUUCGUCAACCGCGAGGCGCGCAGCUAUGCUCGCGCCUGGAUCCAGGAGCGAGGACUGCAGAUCCGGUUCGACAAGGAGACGCAAUGCCUGGGGAUCUAUCGUCCUGUAAAUCCCGACCGAGAUACCCUCUACGUGCCGGAAGCUAGAUUCGAGUGUUUCCAAGAUGAGCCCGCUGCGUUGAAACAUGGGUUUCGCGCGGCCGGCGUUCGUAUUUCAGGAUGGCCACGCUCAUUCAUGCGCCUGGCGUUUCCGGCCGCUUUGUUUUCGAACGAU